AUGUCGGACCGGUUAGAGGGUUAUGAUCUCAAUAAGUUCAAACAAAACAUUUCUUUAUCAACUGAACAUUGCCUGAAUUACGUGAAACAAGAUUGUAUUGAUGGAGAUAACAUUGCUUUUACGGUUAACAUUCCGAACGAGCACCUUAGAAGUUGGCGUGACCUUCGAGAGGAGUGGGGCUUGUUGUGUCAAUUCUCCUACGUGGAAAUUUUGAAUGCCAUGAUUGACGAAUACGGCGUUAAAAUUAAGGAAGACUGCGCAAGAAUUGAUGGUUUACUACAAAGAAGCAGCGGCACUGUCAAAAGCAACUGCCGGAAGCUCCAGGGUCGUGCCAGACUUCAGUAUCUGAGUAACAUUAGAAAAAUUGCUAUUCGUCAAGAUGAAUUAAUUAACGUGGGACUCAUAGAAGAAGAACUAAAUAUAACCAAAGAAAAUGCAAGAGGGUUACUAAAAGAAAAUGAGCAGCUGCAAAAGCGUUGCGAAGAACUAUACACGGAACUUCAAAGUGCACUUCAGACCAAGAAGGAGGUUGAAAACAAACUGGAUGAUGUUGAAAAUAACUAUGAAACAAUUUUAAGCAAAAACAAGGACCUGAGAGAAUAUAUUGACAGAAUGCCAAUAGUAAAGAACAGUGGCAAAGUGGUUUCUGAAGUUGGAGAAAGGCAGCAACGAAGAAAACUAAAAGAGCUAAAAACUCAAGUGGAACGAACUUUGUGGUUUGCAGAAACCUAUGGCUUAAGUCUAGAUUCAGUAAGCCUUACUGACCAGAAGGAAGUCACCCACACCUUAACAUUUAGCAGGGAUGACAAGAAACAAUUCAAAGAUCUCCCUGAAGAGGAAAAGGAUAAAAUAAAACAAAUCCUUAUCAUCCAGGACAAAUUUUCCAUAGGGGACGCAGCCUACCAUGAACUGACCAUGACACAGACAGGGGAGGCACUGCCCAGGUCAUACUUAAUAAGGCAGUGCAAAGAGUCAUUGAAUGGACUUAUUCACAUUGAGCGGACACCAGGGAAAGCGGAAGGUGCCCAACUAAAUUUCCGGGAUGAGCUCUGUAGCACAAUCCAUGAACAUGUAAGUACUAAAAGUUUUUUUUAAGUUUUAAAUGAUUACUAAAAAUAACUAUAAUAAAUGUAACUAUAAUAACUACUAAUCAUUUCUUUUCUAAUUCACAAAGAUGAGGAAACAUGCUACAACAGAUGAAAUGGACCAGCCUCUAAAAUAUAAAGUAAAGCUGAGUGGGGAUGGUGCCAAAAUGACACGGCUUACAGGCUUUGUUGUUAUGUCAUUCUCACUUCUGGAUGAUGAAGAUGCUGUAAUGUCUUCAAAAGGUUAGUUCAAAACACUUGAAAAGAGAAAUAUAUAUAUUUAUCAUCAAAUUCUCAUAAAUUUAUGUUACUUUUUUUCUAGUUUGUUAAUUAAGUCAAAAUAUACAUGAAAAAAAUUAUUGUGCAUAUGCAUCAAUUGGACGCUGGUUAUUUUUAAUUUACAUAUGUACACCAGGGAAUCACACUGUGGCAGUAAUUAAAGGAAAAGAAUCCUAUGAACUUCUGCAAACAUCAUGUGCCAGGAUCUUUGCUGAUGUGAACAGGAUUGUGAAAGAUGGAAAAAUAGAGGUGGAUGGAAAAGAGAUAGCAAUUGAAAUGCACCUUGGAGGAGACUACAAGGUAACCUUUUUUGGAGGUAGGGGAUAACCUGUUAGCCCACCUUCCAUUACCCAUGCCUCCAAUGUUUAACUUGACUUAUGAUAAAAAUGUAUGUUAUAUUUUUUCCAGUUUCUGUUACUUGUACUAGGAUUGAAGGGAGCAACAUCAGAUUAUGCCUGCAUCUGGUGUACAAUUCACAAAAAUGUAAGGUAAUAAUAACUAUCAAUGUAAUAAUAUUAAAAUAAUGAUUAUAGUUUUCUUCCACAUAACUGACAGACUUCUAUUAACCAAAUUACAGGCAUGACAUGACCAAGCCCAUGAACCACUACUGGGAGAAUGGUAAAAGAACAAUAGACGAGAUGAAGAGAUGUUCUCUAAAGCAACAGUUUUGCUGUGAGCACCCACCUCUGCUAGACAUUCCUUUAGAGAAUGUUGUGCUGGAUGAGCUCCAUUUGAUGCUGAGGGUUACAGGUGAGAUAUAAAUAUGCUUAUCAUUCAACUAAGCACUGCCAUUAGGACUCAACUCUAUCUUUCUUUUAUUAUUAAACAGAUAAGCUAACAAAGAAUCUUGUGACAGAGGCAAUAAGCAGGGACAAAAAAAACAACUUGAUUAUGGCCCCUCGUGAUCGAACAAUAACCCAUCUUGAUAGCCUUGUAAAAGUCAUUUGUAGCUGUGGUGUAUCCUUCAGUGUCUGGGAAAAACAGAAUGCCGAUGGGAAAGGGAGUGGACUCUACGACUUCACUAGUCUGAUGGGCACAGACAAAAAGUUACUACUGGAAAAGCUACCAGCCAAGCUGGAUGGCAUCAUUAGCCGAGCUACAAGUACCACAGUAAUAAAGCUCUGGCAGGUAUAUUUGUGAACAUCAAAUGUAAUAUUUGAAGUCGGCAUAUUUUUUAGAAAGAUAAUACAUCAAAUAUAAAAUUAAAAUCAUUCUGUUAACCAGGAGUAAAACUAUAUAUUUUCUUAAAAGAUUGACAAUGCAUAACGUUUCAUUUACUUAGGACUUUAAUGACAUCUACAAAAAAGACCUUCAUAUAAAGAACCCCACAGAUGAAGAUAUCGACAACUAUUUUGCCAAGGUAGAUAUAUAUGGUGUUUUGUACCACCUAUGGCAUAGAAUUAAUUGUUUCUCCAAUUUAACUGAUUGUUUGUUUUCUAUAGGUUACAGCUUGGGUGAAUCUUUUUCAAUCUCUUGGUGGGAAGUUGGAGGGGUAUGGUAAAGCCAAAGUAACACCAUACAUUCACUGCAUGGUUUACCAUAUCCCCUACUUCAUGGCAAAGCACAAAGGCAUGAAAAAAUUCUCUGGACAAGGUAUACAAUUUUGAACUGUUUUAAAUAAAAUGAAACCCAAAUCAUUGCCAACUACAUCUAUACCAUCACUAUACCAUCCCUUUCUCCCAGUUAUAAUGAUUUUUCUUAAAAUGUAUAUUGUAGGUGUUGAGAAGCUAAAUGAUGACUGCCGCAGGAUCCACUUGCAACAGUCAAAUAAGUGGGAUGCUGCCAAAGAUGUGCUGAUGGUCGGGAAGCGGAUCAAGAUGCUGGGGGAAUUUGAAAGAACCAAACGGCAGUACAAAAAGGCAGACAACAAUUAUUGGGCUGGGGGAAUAACUGAAAGUCGUGCAAAGCGUCCCCGUUUCAGCAAUGAUGAAGAAAGUCAAGAAAGUCGUGUGGAUGAAAUUGAUAGGCUGACCCCUGAGAUGAUCAAAGCUAGGCUGACGGACUUAGGUUUCAAAACACGGGCAAAAAAAUUAAAGAGAUUACAGGAAAUCUACAGAGCAGCUUUACAAUCUGUGUCAAAUGAGCAAACAUGA